ACAUGACGUCAAUGCGUAUGCACGCCAAAAGCUCGACGAGCUCUACAAUAACAAAAUGUUGGAGUUUCGAGCGUCUUUCUACAUACUUGAAACGACACUGUCUCGUGACGUUGAUUGGCGCAUGCCGCAACCUCCAGCUGGUGGUCAGCAUACGGGAGGCAGUGGAGGAGGUGACGGAGGAGACGGCUCAAAAUCUGGUGGAGAAGAGGGGAAUGGGUCUGGGGGAGAGGGUUCUAGCGAAAAGCGAUUUGCCGGAAAGGGGUUAGGCGUAACGUCGUCUGGAUCAAACGGGUCCGGCGGAAAGGGGUCCGGCGGAAAGGGCUCAGGCGGAAAGGGGUCGGGUGGAAAGCAUAAAGCUUUCGGGAGUCGCGAGUCAAGGGGAUCUCAAAGCCACUGCGAAGGGAGUCGAGCUUCCGACAUGCGAGACGAGGCCGCCCUGAGGUCUUAUCAAGUGCGAGUAUAUUCGCACCUUUUUGCGAGGACUUUGUUUCACAAUGCCGAGGAGAGUCUGUGCCAGAAUACGCAGCCAGCGUAUCCUGUGGACAACACCUUGGUCCUGCACCCCUUGGAAGAAGGCGAACGUCUUCAGCGUACGGUGACAUCUCCUGAGCGGCAAAACUAUUCCUUACUAGGAACUGCGUUUUCGUUUUGCCUGGAUGUCGGGAUGCCUACAUUGCGAAGCAGCGAAGGUGUGAGCAUCAACUCCCUGAGCUCUAGCGAGCGCCGCAAAGUCCGAAUAGAUUUGGGGUUACCGACUUCCCCCUGCGGACCGUCCGCCGGCAGUGCUGCUCACACUACAAUUCUGCAAGGCGAAGAACAUGUGAGGUCCAACCCCCAACAUCUUCAGUUGGGCACAGUGUUCCCCUGCUCACCGUCGUUCUCAAUUGUAAGGACUCAAGACUGGUCGUCUCGCAAAGUGCUGGAGGGGCCCGCCGCAGGAGUGUUGGAGACCUGGGCUAUCGAGUGUCAAUGUCAUGCUUCAGAGGGUGCGUCCAUCGACUUUGAGAGCAAGAGUACAGCAGCUCCGGGGGAAGAGGAGCUCUCGCAGGAAGCGCAUGUUGUGCAGCGGGAAGAGGAGACUCAACAAUGGCCACCUCAGAAAGUGUUGGAGGGGCUCGAUGCAGGAGUGUUGGAGACCGGGGCUAGCGAGCAUCAAUGUCAUGCUUCAGAGGGUGCAUCCGGCUCAUCGAAAAAUACCAUCAACAUCGGGGACACCGAAGAGGUUCUGCACAGUGGGUCGCCAUUGAUGACGCAAGAGGAUGACGUUAAGGGAGGUCAAUGGACGUUUGUAGAAGGCAAAGACCGUGGGGAUGAAGGACGUGCGUGGACGUUUGUGGAAGCUCGGCUUCUUGGCGAUGUGGAAGGCGAAGAAGAACCUGUGGUGGAAGCUCAACUUCUUGGCUAUGAGAAAGGCGAAGAACGCGUGGUAGAAGCUCGACUUUUUGGCAGUGAGGUGUCGGUCGGCGUCAAGGAUACCGAAUCGGCUGUGCAUAGUGAGUCUAGGUUGACGAUGCCUCUCCACAUGGAUCCAAAGCGGAAAGAUCGUGAUUCUCCAUCCACCCGCUGCGGUGAAGAACAAGGUGAUCGAGCGUUUGUCGUCAGUACCGGUCGGGAAAUGGUACUUCAUGAAGCCAUCGAGUUGGUUAGCGACUCAGUUGUGGUUGAGGUGCCGAACAUCGAAUCCUCCGUGGAUGUUGGCACAGUGGCGCGACAGGAGGCCGAUUUCACAUCACAAGCUGCACUUAAAAUUUGUGUGUCCGUGAUGCUUUUGUGAAAUUUAUCGCCGAACCAAGGACUUUGCAACGCUACACAGCUAAUUAUAA